UCCGCUGAAUUUAUUAGCAGUAUGGAUCCCAUAAACCAAACGCUUGUUUCAGAAUUCCUCCUCCUGGGACUGACAGAUGAUCCAGAGCUGCAGCCCCUCAUCUUCAGCCUGUUCUUGGCCAUGUACCUGGUCACCAUUCUGGGGAACCUGCUCAUCACAGUGGCUGUCAUCUCUGACUCCCACCUGCACACGCCCAUGUACUUCUUCCUUGCCAACCUGUCCAUCACUGACAUCUGUACCAGCACAACCACGAUCCCAAAGAUGUUGGUAGACCUCCAAAUACAGGACCAUAGCAUCACUUACAUAGGCUGCCUGUCUCAGAUCUGCUUUGUCUUGAUUUUUGGUGGAUUAGAGAGUUUUCUCCUUGCAGCGAUGUCCUAUGACCGCUACGUGGCCAUUUGCUACCCACUAAGGUACACAGUCCUCAUGAAACCUCAACUCUGUGCCGUGCUGGUUCUGGUCUCCCUGCUCAUUACGACUGUGAAUGCCCUGAUUCACAGUCUAACAGUGUUGCGGCUGUCCUUCUGCACACACCUGGAAAUCCCCCAUUUCUUCUGUGAACUUGUUCAGGUCAUCAAACUCUCCUGUUCUGAUAUCUUCCUCAAUAACCUUUUGAUGUAUUCAGCGACUACCCUAUUUGCUGGCAUUCCUCUCGCUGGAAUUAUUUUUUCUUAUACUCAAAUUGUGUCCUCUGUUAUGAGGAUUCCAUCAGGAGAUGGAAGGUAUAAAGCAUUUUCCACCUGUGGGUCUCACCUUUCAGUGGUGUCCUUGUUCUAUGGGACAGCUUUUGGACUCUAUAUGAGUUCUGAAGUUAGUGACUCUUCCUUUAAGAAUGUGGUGGCUUCAAUGAUGUAUGUUGUUAUCCCUCAGAUGUUGAACCCUUUUAUCUACAGUUUGAGGAACAGAGAAAUACAGGGAGCUUUGAGACAUUUGCUUCAUAACAAACUUGUUUUCAAACUGUGUUCCUGA